AAAUGGUUUCCCGGCUUUUGCGUCCUUCGGCUGUCGUUCUUGCCACCUUUACGGCCGCUAAAACAGACGAUGUUAACUCAAAAUCUUCUAGAAAAAUUUCAGAGUUGCCGAUUUAUUCUACAGAAGAGGUCAAGUACUUAGAAUAUAAGGCGCCUGAAAGAACAGAACUGGAGGAAUACAUUGCGCGAGUGAGAAGGAAAGUAUGGACGUUUGGAGAAAACGUGGAGGAACGUUUCGUAUCAAUGAAGAAGAGUUAUAUGAUGGUGAAAGACAAAGUCAUCGAAUACAGCAACGUUAUCACUCAGACGGCCGACACCGAAGAGAACAUCAUACCAAAAGUGGCCGCAGUGUCGCUCGUCGGCGUCAUCAGCUUUGCAGCAGCCGGCAGUUCAAGGAUGAGACAAAUCCUUUUGCCACUCGUUGGAUCCACGGCAAUGGCUGCGGUGUGUUUCCCAACGAUAACAAACCAAGUUUUAGUCAAACCCGGAGUGCGAGUCUACCAUCAACUAAAAGAGCAACUGAUACAGCUAAAAGACAAGGCGACUCAUCAAGUAAGCCAACAACAAGUGCGUCACGUAGAGACACCAGAAGAGAAAGAAAUUGUUGAGAUUGUUGGACAUCGAGAGAGCGAAGACACAAAAGCAGUAGAAGUGGAGGAUAAACACGUGGUUGACGAACAAAAGGACGUAGUGCUCAGUGUUUCAGAGACUGAGUCACGUGACAACGUGCUGAGCAUUCAAGGCGACUUUGGACAGUCUGAUCCGAGUGACAGUGACAUGUAUAGUCAUCAUAGCACGAAAUAAUACAUUUGCA